AUGGACUUCGCUACUGGCCCAACAUUUCCUCUCGAGAACCCGGCUAACGUUGAGCAGUUGAGGAGGCCAGUACCGCGAGCUCAGACGAGGAGCUUGGGCAACAAUGGUCGAGAUGUUUUGAGAAGGGAGAUAACGAAGAGGCUGAGAGCAUUCCCACAUCUGCGGGUACGUUUCGCGACAGUACCACAAUUGCAUCAAAUCGCGGAGGAUGUUGGCAUAGGGGAGAUAGCGGCAGCAAUUUCAGAGGCUGACCAGGCGCAUCGGAGAUGGAGGAAACAGAAGGUGCCGUAUUUUGGCGGACUCCAAGCCGUGCGGAAGGAGAUAAGUUAUGCUCCACCCGAGCCGCCAGCACUUGAUACAUGCCGAUUGUCGUUGCCUAUCCCUUCGGUAGAUAGGCCUCAUCUAGUCACGGCUGUUGUGGCCACUGGCGUUCACAAAAUGUGCGCCGGUGAGACUCGGCCGGUGGUCUGUGCAGGAUCGCAACUGGACCCUGGUUCGCCGGAUGGUUUCGACGUGACUAUGAUACCGCAACCUGUGAGCUGA